GCGGGGCGAGCGGGGACGGGCCGAGGCCGCGGCGCUGCCCUCCCCUCCGGCCCGCGGCGGCGGGGGUCACCGAGGUCUGAAGCACAGAAGCAUGCUUUCCACUGAGCCUCACACUACCACCUGUGAUACAGAAUGUCUCUAAGUGAGAACAAAAGUGUGGUGUUUGCCUAUGAAUCUUCAGUGCACAGUACCAAUGUACUUCUCAGCCUUGAUGAUCAGCGAAAGCAAGAUAUCCUUUGUGAUGUUACAAUUUUAGUGGAAGAUCAACGAUUUCGGGCUCACAAAGCUGUGCUUGCAGCUUGCAGCAGUUACUUCCUUUCAAGAGUUGUGGGCCAGGUGGAUGCUGAUCUUAUAAUCACUUUACCGGAAGAGGUAACACUUAAAGGAUUUAGUCCUUUGCUUCAGUUUGCAUAUACAGCAAAACUCGUUUUAAAUAAAGACAAUGUGUCUGAAGUUUGCAAAUGUGCAGAAUUUUUGGGUGUACGCAACAUUGAAGAGUCCUGCUUUCAGUUUCUCAAAUUCAGAUUUUUGGACUUUAAACUGGAUCAGCAGGAAUGUCCUAGGAAGAAAUGUUGCUCACAGCGUUGUCAGAAAGCAAAUCCUAAAGCUGGCGAUGCGGAUGAUGGAGACCUAGAAAUAAAUUAUGAAGUAGAAGCACUUCUGGAAAAGGAAUAUAGUCAAAUACCUGACACAACGGCCUGUAAAGAUGAAGAAAAUGCUAAAUUAUCGCCUGUUCUCCAAGAUAAUGCCAAUCGAAGCUGUGAUCCUGUACAUUUAGAAAGGGGUAAUGCUUUCAGCUUAUCUUCCCAAUGCCCAAAAUAUAGAAAAUUCCAGAAGGCUUUUGGAAACGACAAAGUUCAUACUUCAGAGUCCAAUUCCAGUAUUAAAGAUGUUCAGGUACCACCAUUUGCAGCUUCUCUUGAGAAGGAAAUACCUGAUAAUAAUGGCAUACAAAAAGCUCAGGAGUGUGUGCCUAUGCAGCUGAUCUCAAACUGUGAAGAGACUCAGGUAGAAAUGGAAGAAGGGGAAGAAGGCAUUCAGAAUAAAGAAGAGUCGAAGAGAGAGUCUGUAACUCAGAAUGUGCCAUGUCCUGUGGAGAAAAUGGAUCUUGCUGCUUUCCCCCAAAACUCUGCUGCAUCUCAUGGACCCAAUUCUGUGCCUAUUUUACAUAGUUGUGAGCAAUAUGGUAACUUGAAUUUCGGUGGUAUGCAAAACAACACAGUCUUAGCUGAAAAAACUGUGUCAAGUACUGGAGCUGGAGAUGACAAGACUGAAAAUCAAGGUAACCCAUCUUCAAAGGUGGAUCUGUGCACUAGGGAAGCCCCUAACAUCACCUCAGUGGGAGAUCGAAGCAGCGUGGAGAGAGAGAUAGCAGAACAGCUAGCACAGGGGUUCUGGAGCGAUAUUCCCAGCACAGAUCCCUGUCAAAUACAUUUACCACCUGCAGUUUCUAAAGAGUGCUUGGAGCCAGUGUAUUCAGGGAAAAAAUCAGAGUGUCCAUGGCUGGGGAUCAGGAUCAGUGAAAGCCCUGAACCUAGCCCUCAGCAAACGUUUACAACGCUGAAUUCCGUCAACUGCCCCUUUAUAAGCAACCUUAGCACUGAAGGAUGCUCCAACACCUCUGAAAUUAACAAUGGAGAUUAUGUUCAGGGACAGCAACAAGAACAGUGCCCUUAUAACUAUGUGAUAAGUUUGGGAGAGGAUUCAGAGACUGACACUGAGGGAGACAGUGAAUCCUGUUCAGCAAGAGAGCAAGAAUGCGAGGUAAAACUGCUGUUUAAUGCACAAAGGAUUAUCUCACUUUCCAGAAAUGACUUCCAGUCAUUUCUGAAAAUGCAUAAAUUAACUCCUGAACAAUUGGACUGUAUUCAUGAUAUCCGAAGACGAAGUAAAAACAGAAUUGCAGCACAGCGAUGUCGCAAGAGAAAACUUGACUGCAUACAAAAUCUUGAAUCAGAAAUUGAAAAACUGCAAAAUGAGAAGGAGAAUUUGCUGAAGGAAAGAAACCACAUUUUGUCAACUCUGGGUGAGACAAAGCAGAAUCUGACUGGACUUUGCCAGCAGGUGUGUAAGGAAGCAGCCUUGAGUCAAGAGCAAAUACAAAUACUUGCAAAAUAUUCUUCUUCAGAUUGUCCACUCUUAUUUUUGUUCCCGAAAAGAGAACAAACGGCUCCAUCUGAUAGUGAGCUUGUGGUGCCAGCAUCUGUAGAAUCAGCAAAUGGUCUUUCAGGUGUCACCCCUACAGCUGAGCAGAGUUCCUGUUAUCAGUGUGUCAAAAGCGUGUGUGAGGCCACGUACGAUCAAGCACAAGAACUGCAUCCAGUGUCUGCCGGAGCAUUGGAGCAAACGUCACUCAUGGAGCCGUGUGGACAGAGCAGUGGCAUCACAGACUUCUGCCAGCAAAUGACUGACAAAUGCACUACAGAUGAGUGAAUCUCUCCUUCCCAUUUCCAGCCUCUCAGCAUUGCAACUAGAAGUGGGAUUGAGCAUUAUUGGAAAGUAACUUACUAAGUGAGAGGAAAGAUAAAAGUUUAAUAUUUUGAAACUAUAUUGACAAUUACAUGGUCACCAUUAUUACUUGGCAAGCUUUGGGUUUGCUCUGUGUAGUUCCAGAACAUAAUUUGUAUGUGUCAUACUUGGAGCUUUUCUGUGUGGUGAUGCCAAGGAGGGUUCAGGAAAGUACAAACUCCAUUCACAGGUGCUUAUUUUUGAGGAAGUUUUGUUCAUGUAUAGAAGCAGCCUACUCUGAUUUAUGCCACAGUACUUAAUGCCACUUUGCAUUUUAAGGAAAGCCUCCUGACAGCUGUUUGUGCACAAUGACUUCUAUACCUGGAAUUCUUCUAAGACUUCCUUUUUUUGUGGUAGACAAACCUUAAGAAGCAUAUAUAGUUCUGUAAAUGUUCAUUCUUGUAGAUGGGCUAAGUAACGUGACAGGAUGAGGAGAUUCUGGAAAGUGCACUCUGGAAGUAACUCCUUGCUUUCUGCUGUUCCCCUGCCCAUCCCAGAGAAAGCUUUUACUGAAUUACAGCAGUAGGCUACUAUUAGUAGUAGAAUUGAUUUUAUUGAAUAAGGAUAGUAGGAUUUUAUUGAAUAAGUGAUUUUGUUUUGUCUCUCUAGUACAGAAUUAAAAGAACUGGAGCAGCAGAGGUGCUGCCACAUAAUGCUCUCUUCUCUAAAUUUAGUGGGAGGAAUAACAAUGCACUGUGGAAGGCAGACAUCUGAAAAUGGUGCAGUUCUUGGAUGAGUGUGCAUUAGAUCCUCUGGCAUCUGAAUUCCAUAGGCUUAUUAAAACUCACUCCUGUAUUGUGACUUCCUGUCCUAGCACCUUCAAGCUUGCUGCUUGUUUGUGGCAAGGGAGAAUCAAAGUAUUGUGAAAGUCUAAGGACAGACUUCUUUUUUUUUUUAAGGUAUUCAUGCGCCACAUUUUUUUUUUCUUUCAGUGCCUAACUGCCUAAAGUUACAAAUAUUUGUUCUUUGAUCACUGGGACCAGUAAAGUUCUGUUUCAGAAUCAGUCUUCAGGAUAUUUUAUGACUAAACUUCUAGUAUAUGUUCAAUGGCUUGUGCUAUUAGCAUAGAUAUAUAAAAAGUUUAUUGAAGAAAUGAGCUGGAGAUAUUUCCUUAAUUACUUUGUGAAGGAGAAAUUCAGCUACUGAAAAUAAUCCCCAUUUUCUAGAUUUUUACAUAGCAGUGGAUGCAUAUUGUAUACCAAUGAUGCUUUGUUAUUUAGAUAUUAUUUCUCACACCAGAACUAAGUAUUGAACCUCACCACAGAAAACUUUGGGUUUGCUGGUUUACAAAACAUGAAGAAUCUUGUACAAGCCAGUGGAAUUCUACAUUUCCUACCUCAGAAUGUGUAUUAGCUUUUUGUGUCUUUGUGUGCAUGUACAGUAGGCAGCAACUAAGCAGAGGCCCUUGUAAAUACUGCUGUUCAGUUUUACCUUGCAGUAAGACAGAACUUGUUCUUGGCAAGGCUUUUUUUUUUUUUUUUUUUUUCUCUCCCCCAUAGGUAACAUAGCAUUAAUAAAUACAGUAAGCCACUUAUUUAAAACAAAAAUUUUGAAAUUGACAGAUUUCAACAGGACUUCUCAUAACCAGCAUGUAACACAAAUGACUAUACUACCUCACCUAUGGGACUGAAAGUUGAUUCAAAUCUCUAGUGAAUCCUUGGAUUUUCAUCAUAUAUCAUUACUUUUUUUAAGGGAAAAAAAUACGCUAAUGGAGCAUAGCUUGUAUAAAUCACAAUGCUUGCAUUAAUUGAAAUUCAGAAAUAAAUACUACACGGCAGAAAUAGUGAUAA